AAGUCUAAUGUGAACUUAGAACUCUGCAGAGUCUGGAAGAUGUUGAAUGUUGUACCCCUGUUUUGCAGCCUUCAUUGCCUAAAUGAACAUGUGUGUGUCAUUGUAUAACAUGUAAGUUGUUGCAUUGAUUAUUCUUAUUAGUUGGUUGUGUGUGAGUCACAGUUUUAGCACACUUAUCAACUAAGAUGCAGGACCCUGCAAAUAAAACCAUCCAAUGGUUUUGCAGAAGGAUGUCACUUGAAUGACGAUUCGGGCGUGUGCUUCCACGUAUACGAAGGCUGGAUCUUGCAAUGAACCACUGACGGUCUCGAGGCAUCUUUAACACAUCAGAAACAGUAGAGUCUUAGUGCUGAUCAGAAAGGAUAUUAAACAGCACGAUGAGUUCAUCUGAAGAAUAUAUUAAUGGGCACGUCCACCUGGAAGAACCAGACAUGUACGAGUCAGAUGGCAAGCUGUUCCUCACGGAGGCUUUUAAUGUGAUUAUGGAGGAGAUACUUCACAAAGGAACUGACUUGAAGGAGAAGGUGUGUGAGUGGAAAGAUCCAGAUCAGCUGAGAGCCCUUCUGGACCUCGAUCUCAGAGAACAUGGAGAAUCUAACGAGCAGUUACUGCAGAGGGUCCAAGAUGUGGCAAGAUACAGCGUUAAAACCUGUCAUCCUCGGUUCUUCAAUCAAUUGUUUGCCGGCGUGGACUACCAUGCAUUGACAGGACGGCUACUCACCGAAACCCUCAACACCAGCCAAUACACCUAUGAAGUGGCUCCGGUGUUUGUCCUGAUGGAGGAGGAAGUGCUCCGUAAGCUUCGCUCUCUGGUUGGCUGGUCAGAAGGAGAUGGGAUAUUUUGUCCUGGGGGUUCAGUGUCCAACAUGUACGCCAUGAACAUCGCACGGUACUGGGCCUUCCCUCAAGUGAAGACACAAGGCUUGUGGGCCACACCACGCAUGGCUAUAUUUACAUCACAACAGAGUCAUUACUCCAUGAAAAAAGCUGCUGCUUUUCUUGGUAUUGGAACAGAUAAUGUUUUUAUUGUACAAGUGGAUGAGAGUGGCAGCAUGAUACCAGAGGACCUGGAGGCAAAAAUAGUGCAAGCAAAAUCAAAAGAUGCUGUGCCAUUUUUCGUUAAUGCUACAGCGGGUACCACAGUGCAGGGCGCCUUUGAUCCUCUGAACCACAUAGCUGACAUAAGUGAAAGAAACGGCAUGUGGAUGCACAUUGACGCCGCUUGGGGAGGAAGCGUGCUGUUUUCCAAAAAUCACAAACAUCUGCUUGCAGGAAUAGAAAGAGCAAACUCUGUGACCUGGAACCCUCACAAAAUGCUUCUAGCAGGAUUGCAGUGCUCUGUGAUUUUGUUAAGAGACACCACGAAUCUGCUAAUGCACUGUCACAGUGCUAACGCAACCUACUUAUUCCAGCAAGACAAGUUCUACGAUACAAGUCUGGACACGGGAGACAAAUCCAUCCAGUGUGGCCGCAAGGUGGAUUGUUUGAAGCUCUGGUUAAUGUGGAAAGCAAUUGGAACACAUGGGCUUUCAGAGCGAGUGGAUAAGGCCUUUGCCCUCGCAAGGUAUUUAGUUGAAGAAAUGGAGAAAAGGAAGAAUUUCAAGUUGGUCUGUAAGGGGCAUUUUGUGAACGUUUGCUUCUGGUUCAUUCCACCCAGUCUGAAAGGGAAGGAGAACAGUCCGGAUUACCAGGAAAGGUUAUCAAAGGUGGCGCCAGUCAUCAAAGAGAGAAUGAUAAAGCGUGGAACAAUGAUGGUGGGAUACCAGCCCAUGGAUGGACAUGUCAACUUCUUCCGUAUGGUUGUUGUUUCUCCUCAGCUGACCACCAAGGACAUGGAUUUCUUCCUUGAUGAGAUAGAAGAACUAGGGAAGGACCUGUAGUUAGAUUAAUAUCAGUGGUUUAUUAAUAGACAAUGUCAAAUUAACCCCUCUCAUCUUGAUAUUUUUAAUUUGUGAUUUGCUAAAGGUUACUAAAAUGCUGACUUGGCUGACUAAGCCAGCAAAAACUGUGCAUCUACAGAGGACAGAGGUCAUAAAGUGAAUGAAUCUCAUAGAUUCUGGCCCACGUGGGUAUUGAAUUCAUUUGGGAAAACCAUUUUAGAUCUUAGGGCUUUUACUAAUUUACUAAUCAUCUGUAUUAAAUAAGGGGCGACAUCCAAAAUGUGUACUGCUGGGACCUCCAGGACCAGGAUUGAGAAGCACUGUGAAAUUGUAUCAGCACAGUCAGCAAAACUGAAUGUGCAAAAUGAUUCACAGGCAGAAAGCGUUUCUGAUUGGCUAAAGUGUGGCUGUUCCUUUCUCUCUCUCUCUCUCUCACUCCUUUUCUUUCUUUUCUUUUUAGAGCCUAGGGCUGCAACAGAAACAAGUAUGAUUUUUAUGACACUUCUUUCAGUGAUAUCUGAAUUAAUGUGUGAAAAAAAGGUUUCCUUUAAACAUGC